AAUCUCUUGAGAUGCGUGCGGCUACAUUUGUCCUGAGCUUCGCCAUUUUGGCUUGUUUCGUUGUGCGGCGCAGCGAGGCGGUGGCCUGUACAUCCCUUGAUCCUGAUGUACCCGCCGGUUGCACCAAUUGCGCACUGCCAGCUAAUGCCAACCAUGCUGACUGUGCAUCAACAACGGCGUCAACAACAACAGCGGCGACAACAACAACUCUGGCCUCGACCGGAACUGGAACUGGAACUGGAAAUCGCAACGGAGCGCGAACUGUGUUCAUCAGGAAUCUGAGGUAUACAAAUGUGCGACGCAUUCGCAGAAAUAACAACGCCAACAACAACGCC